AUGCCGCACAUGCAGCCAUGGAGCCCCUACCACCCGCCCCAGCCCAUGCCUCAGCCCCCGCCACAGCCACAGCCACAGCCACAGCCGCAGCCACCGCCCCAGCCCCAGUACAACAUGCCCCCGCGCCAGUUCCAGCCUCUCGCCUCGCCCGUCGUCGUCUCCUCGCACCCGCACAUGGCCGGCAUGCCCCCCGCCAUCCCCGCCCUCGCCCAGACGCCGCCCAUCGCCCACUCGCACACGCCCCCGCCCGCCCUGCAGCGCACACACACGCCCCAGCAGCCGCCCUCGCCGCCCUCGCUGGGCCCGUACGCGCGCCGUCUUGAUUUCGUGCCCCGUGCCCCGCCUGCACCGCCUGCACCGCCUGCACCGCCUGCACCGCCUGCACCGCCUGCGCCCUCUGUGCUCGCCUCCCUGGCCACCUCUCCCCCCGUCGCAGAGUCCGAGCCCGUGCCGUCUGUCGCCCAGCCAGCCACGUUCAAGCCCUUCUACCCGCCCCUGCCCUGGCUCUCUGUCCCCGACGCACACUUUCCCGCCCCUGCUGCAGCCCGGAGGAGGAGGAGAAGGAGGCGCGGCCCCGUUCCGCCCCAGGAGCAAGGCCUCGCGCUGCCUUCGCGCCGGCAGCAUGUCCUCGCCCACGCAAAGGCGACAGAAGACUCGCCACGCGCCGAGCACGAGUCGGCAGGAGAACCAGACGAGUCCCAGGCCUCCACCAUGGCCGCGCCCUCCGACGCCGAGCUCGACACCCCCUCCACCUCGCACCCACCGUCCGAGAUGGACGCGCCCUCGGUUCAGCCAGCGGCUGCCCAGACAGCCGCCGCCGCGCCCAAGCACGCCCGCAACACGACCAAGCCCGCUGUCCCGCUGAUCCCCAUCAAGACCGCCAGGGCACCAAGCGCGGCUUCGACCACCCACAAGUCGCUCAAGUCUGCCCCUGCUGAGAAGCCUCAGCCAACGACGGUAGACCCACUCGCUGCCCCUGCGCCGGAAGCCCCUAAACCCGCCGCACCCGCCGUCCCAAAGUCAUGGGCUGAGCUGCUGCGCGCCAAGAACGCUGCAGCCGCACCGCAAGCUCCCGCCCAGGCACAGCCGCCAGCCGCCUCAAACGGUGCGGUGAGCGCAAACGGUCCUGUGACAUCCAAGAGCAGCUCCCUCGCAGAGGUCCUUGCGUCCUACGCUGUCGACGCUGAAAGCAAGGUCUCGUUCAUCGAGCCUCGUGGCCUUGUAAAUACGGGCAACCUUUGUUACAUGAAUUCUGUCCUUCAGGUACUCCUCUUCUGCGCGCCCUUUUAUGACUUCCUGGACCAGACGGCAAAGCGCGCUGUGCAUAGCUUCAAGUCGGAGACCCCUCUCGUUGACGCCAUGAUCAUGUUCCUGCGCGACUUCAAAGUCAUCGACUCGGCCAGCUCGGCCGAGCAGCUGCGCUUGCGUUUGAAGGUGGACGAGCUGGAGCAGUACGGCGACCCCCUGACCCCUGAGUACGUCUACGACACCAUCAGGCGAUUGCCUCGUUUCGACAACAUGAAGCGGGGCUCACAGGAAGACGCCGAGGAGUUUCUGGGCUUCCUUCUCGCCGGGCUGCACGACGACUGUGCCCACGUGAUUAAAAAGGGCAAGACCGAUGCGGCACACAACGGCACAUCGCCAGACGCCGAUCCGUCAGACUCCACCGAUGGCGGCUGGCUCGAAGUCACAGCGAAGCAGAAGACGUCACACACCCAGUCUUCUGGCGCCGUCGAGGUCGAAACACCCAUCACCAAAAUCUUUGGCGGCAAGCUCCGCUCCGAGUACAGGAAGGCGGGUGAGAAGCCGUCGGUCACUUUCGAACCCUACCAGCCUUUGCAGCUCGACAUUGGCGAGCCACACAUCAACAACAUCUCGGACGCGCUGAAGAACCUGACGCGUCUGGAGACGUUGGACAGUGCCGUUCGCGGCGCUCGCGCCUCUACCAAGCAGGUGCACAUCGAGACCCUGCCGCCGGUUCUCAUCCUCCAUCUGAAGCGCUUCCACUACGACGAAAAGGGCCCGCAGAAGAUCUGGAAGAAGAUCGGCUACCCCCUUGAGCUGGAAAUCCCCAAGGAGGUGUUCCCUCAGCACAAGCGUGGAGGCUACCAAGCACAGGGUGGAUUCCCCAAGUACAGGCUGACGGGUGUCGUCUAUCACCACGGCAAGAAUGCCAGCGGCGGCCACUACACCGUCGAUCUUCGCCGACAAGAGGGCAAGGAGUGGAUCCGCAUGGACGACACUGUGAUCCGUCGCAUCCGCGCCGAGGACGUCGCCGAGGGGGGCGCUGAAGAGGACCCCAAGCUGCUGGCUGCUGCUCUUGAGCAGCACAAGAACGACGCCGGUAAGAGCAAGAAUUUCUUUGCACAGAUCGACAUGGACGAGGAGGCCUCAGACAAGGGAGGCUGGAACCAAGUCAAUGGUACAGACAAGAAGGACAGCACCAAGAAGUGGGCUGGUGUUGUCAACGGCACAGCGACACCCAACUCGGCGGGGAAGCGAACGCCACUUGCAAAGGAGAACGUGAGGGACAACAAGGUGGCGUACAUUCUGUUCUACCAACGCAUCGAGUCAUGA